AGCGCAAAAAAAUUUUGAAUAAGUGACACCCUUUAUUCCUUCUUUAGUUCAAUACUUUGCAAAUCACACAAAAAUGUCGGUCGUGGGUUUUGAUUUGGGAAAUCUCCAAGCAGUCAUCUCGGUCGCUAGAAACCGUGGUAUUGACGUUAUCUGCAACGAAGUGUCGAAUCGCGCUACUCCUUCGCUCGUUUCGUUCGGCCUCAAGCAGCGCUUCCUUGGUGAAUCUGCAAAGACCCAGGAAGUCAGCAACUUUAAGAACACCGUUGGCAAUCUGAAGCGUCUUGCCGGUCGAUCUUUCAGCGAUCCCGAGAUCCAGGAAGUCGAAAAGAACUUGACUCCCGUGGAACUUGCUGAUGUCGACGGUAUGGUCGGUGCUAAGGUCCAAUACUUGGGCGAGCAACAAACCUUCUCGAACGUCCAGCUGAUUGCCAUGUACCUUGGCAAGCUCAAGGAAACCACUGCCGCUGAGCUCAACAUCCCCGUCUCUGACUGUGUCAUCACUGUCCCCGGUUGGUUCACCGAGAUCCAGCGCCGUGCCGUCUUGUCCGCCGCUGAGAUUGCCGGCUUGAACUGCUUGCGUCUUGUCAACGAUUUGACUGCCGCUGCCUUGGGUUACGGUAUCACCAAGCUCGACCUGCCCGAGGACAAGCCCAAGAACGUGGUGUUUGUCGACAUUGGCCACUCUGACUACUCUGUCAACGUCGUCUCCUUCUUGAAGGGCCAAUUGACCGUCCGUGGCGCUGCUUACGACACCGCCUUUGGUGGCCGUGAAUUCGACAAGGUCAUCAUGGACAAGUUGGCUGCAGAGUUCAAGGAAAAGUACAAGAUUGAUGUCUACAGCAACAAGAAGGCUCAAUUGCGUCUCCGUGUCGCUGCCGAGCGCUGCAAGCGUGUCUUGUCGGCUAACCCCCAGGCUCCUGUCAACAUUGAGUCGAUCAUGGACGACCGUGACGUCUCGACCAUUGUCAACCGCGCCGACUUUGAAGAGUGGGCCGAGGGUCUCUUUGGCCGCACCGCCGACACGAUCCACAAGGCGUUGGAGAACGCCGGUCUCAAGGUCGAGGAUGUGGAUGCCGUCGAGUUGGUCGGUGGUACCACCCGUAUCCCUGCCAUCAAGACCACCAUCUCCAAGGUCUUGAACAAGGAAAUUUCUACCACCUUGAACCAGGACGAGGCCAUCUCGCGUGGUGCUGCUCUCCAGUGCGCCAUGUUGUCGCCUGUCUUCAAGGUCCGUGACUUCCGUGUCAACGAUGUCUGCAGCUACCCCAUCAAGCUCACCUGGCCCGCCACGCCCGAGGACGAGGAUACCGAGAUCACCGUCUUUGACACCAACAACUCGAUCCCCUCGACCAAGAUCUUGACCUUCCACCGCAAGGAACCCUUCACCUUGGAAGCCUCGUACGUCAAGCCCGAGGAGCUCGUCCGCGGCAUCAACCCCUGGAUCGGCCAGUACACCAUCAAGGGCAUCGACCAGCCUUCCGAAGUCAAGGUCAAGGUCAGACUCAACAUCCACGGCAUCCUGUCCGUCGAGUCUGCCUACACUGUCGAAGAAAAGGAAGUCGAGGAGGAAGUCACCAACAAGGAUGGCGAAAAGGAGACCAAGAAGACCAAGAAGCUCGUCAAGAAGGCCGAUCUGUCCGUUGUUUCCCAGACCACUGCCUUGAGCAAGGCCUUGAUGGACCAGUAUGCCGAAAAGGAAAGCCAGAUGGCCUCCAACGACCGCUUGAUCUUUGCCACCGAGGCUGCCAAGAACUCGCUCGAAGAGUAUGGCUAUGAGAUGCGUGACAAGGUCGAAGGUCCCUAUGGCGCAUACAUUGAUCCCGCCGUCAAGGACAAGUUCUGUGCCGACUUGAACGCUGUGGUUGACUGGAUCUACGAUGAGGGUGACGACCAACCAAAGUCGGUCUAUGUCGAGAAGCUUGAGGCUUUGAAGAAGAUUGGCAACCCCGUUGUCGAGCGCUACCGUGAGGCCGAGGAGCGUCCCCGUGCCGACCGUAUCUUGCGCGCCACGUUGCAGCGUCUCACCCAAGAGGCCAUGAGCUCGGACGACAAGUACUCGCACAUUCCUCCCCAGGAGAAGCAGGACAUUGUCGACCGUUGCGACCGUGCCCGCCGCUGGUUGGACGAGCAGUUGGGCAAGCAAGAAAAGGUGCCCAAGCACGAUACUCCCAUUGUCUUGUCCCGCGACAUUGCUCAGGAAGAGAGCGCCGUCGUUGCCUUUGCUACCCCCAUCCUGAACAAGCCUAAGCCUGCACCCAAGCCUGCUGAGGAUACACCCAUGGCCGAUGGCCAGGAGGGUGAGAAGAAGGAGGAAAAGCCCGCUGAAGAGACCGAGGAGAAGAAGGACGACAUGGACAUUGACUAAAAAGCAUUGAACAAUGUCCCUGUUCCCUUAAUGAUCUUAAGGGACUUGUUCUUUCCAGACGACGAUUGCACCUCAACCACAAAAAAAAACACUCUUUUCUUUAUCCACUCCCAUACACCCGCUCUCUCUCUCUCUACCUUUCUCCCGCUCUCUCUUUUACAUCUGCAAAUAGAAAAAGCACAGUAUACACUAUACGGCAUCCCAUCUUUUUUCAUAUAAAAAAAAAGAAAAAAUACACAUUGUUCAAAUUGUUCCACAAGUCCAAAGUAAGUCUUCUUGUGGGUGGGGGGUUGCCUUGGAGACAAUCACAUGG